CCAUACUCAGAAUCGAACCCUCGACCUCUGGUUAAGAAUGGAGCAGCCCCAUCUACUGCACCACAACCCAUAUUGGUCAAAUACAACAUAUCAACAUCAAAUAUUUAAAAAACAAAAAGUCCAAUUUUUAAAAAAUACUUUUCUUCCUCCUCCACCUUCCACUUAUCAACUUAUAUAUAUAUCCUCUCCAAAAAUUAUAUUGUAUCAAUACUUUCAACAAAAUGAAUAGUCACAAAAACUACCUACAAUUUUUGUUCUUCCUUAUUAUCAUUCUAUCCACCACAUAUAAAUUUUCCUUAGCAAAACAGUCAAAACCCACUUCAAAAAACCUCAAUUUUAAUCAAUUCUUGAAUUCAAUUUAUGAAUGGAGAAUUCAACAACAAAAACAAUUUCAAGAUUCCAAUAAUAACAAUAAUCUUAUAAUUGGUGCCUCUACUAUUUUAGCAGGAAUAUUUUGUUUUAUUGCAGCUUCUAUUUCUAGUGCUGGUGGAAUUGGAGGUGGUGGAUUAUAUGUACCAAUAUUAAUAAUUGUUGCUGGUGUUGACCUUAAAACAGCUUCAAGUUUUUCUGCUUUCAUGGUAA